UUCCUAUGCAGUGGACACUUGCCUUUGCUCUCUGCGCCGUCGCCAUGGUCCACGCCAUCGACGCUGCGCCACAUACCCUCCAAGGAUCGCCCGUGCUAUCCGACGCCACGACGUUGACCUCUGCCGGCAACAGCAGUCUCAGCGUCAGCGGCAGUGCAGGUGCUAUUGCGCUCGACCUCCAAACUAUCGCAGCCAACGGCCUCUCGCUGGCCAACGCCGCGAGCCUUCUCAACAGCGUCCAGUCGGCCAUCGACAGCGGGAUCCUCGACGUCAAGGACCCGGCUGCGCUCAUCAGUAGCAUCCGCGACGUCCUCCAAAGCCCCAGCACAAGCGACGGCGCAGCGAUCGUCGACGCAAUCGUGGCGCUCCUCCGCGCGGCGGUGCAGGUGGACCCCAACCCUAAGGUGUGUCGUCGUCAAGCCAUUGGUCGUGGAAUCGGGUCGCCCGCCGCGACUCAGUGCUUGACCGACGAGGACAAAUACGGCGCGCUCUGCUACCCAAAGUGCAAGGAAGGCUACGAGGCGUUUGGCUGCUGCAUCUGCCGCAAGAAGGGUUGUGGCGGUGCUGAUUGCGCCAAGGACAGCUAUGGCCGCGGCGUCGGCGUCUCGCGCCUCGUGUGCCCUGCGAAUCUCGAAAAGAGCGGCCUCUUCUGCUACCCGCCGUGCGCGCCACGCCAAACCGGUGUCGGAGCCUUUUGCUUUCCCGACUGCGUGUCGCCCACCAGCGCCGACUGCGGCCUCUUUUGCACGUCGACCGUCGCGACGUGCGUGAGCACAACUGUCGAUAUCCUUGGGUCGUCGGCCAAGAUCACGCUCGCGCUGGUUACGCAAGACUACAUUGGCGCCAUCACCUCGCUCAUCCAAGUCGGCGGCAAGUACUUGUCACUCGACAAGUGCCCCAAAUGAGCUACCGUGUCGAACGAGCUCGCUUUCAAGUAACAUAGCGUUAACAACAUGAAACCAGUUGUCUGAGUUGCCCAGAUGUGAACGAUGGCAGAUUGUGAAAAUCGCCUGUUGCCACCCAACAA